UGAAAGAAGGCUUGCCAACGUGAGUGAAGGACGAGUGAAUCGUAGGUUUCCCUUGCACUUUGUAUUGUUUUUCACUUUUUUUUCUAACAUUAGUAUUUUUAAACAUAAUUAAUAUCAACAUUAGAAGCGUACGUCAGUGAGGGGAGUGUGAAAUGUGUAUUGUGACGUAUACCUUUAUAAUUAAUUUUGGAGGAUUUAUUUUGUUCGGCUAAACAGACAUCAAGUUUUUUUCCUUCUUCCCAAUUGAGAUGAAACCAGAAAUAAACAGCGACUUGGACAACGACAGUCCACCUAGGUCAGCCGAGCACUCGGAGUCUGGGAGCCCGUCGAGAACUAGCGGCAUCGGAAGAGUGUGGCAGUUCUUCGCAAGGAAGUUAAGGCUAUCCUCGGAUGAGGAGCAAAAACAGGAACAAAUCCUUGAAGAUAUUUCUCUAAAUGGCAUCGCACAGUAUAUCCUACAUGGUAAAUGCAAGAACAUAAUUGUCAUGGCUGGUGCUGGAAUAUCAACUUCAGCGGGCAUCCCGGACUUCCGCUCGCCCGGCGUCGGCCUGUACGACAGCCUGCGGGAGUACCGCCUGCCCUACCCGGAGGCCGUCUUCACCCUGAGCUUCUUCAGGAGGAACCCGGAGCCGUUCUUCGCCCUGGCCCGCGAGCUGCUGCUGGCGCGCUUCGAGCCCACGCCGUGCCACUACUUCGUGCGGCUGCUGCACGAGAAGGGCUUGCUGCUGCGCCUCUACACUCAGAACGUGGACACGCUGGAGAGGGCCGCCGGGCUGCCGGCCGAGAAGAUUGUCGAAGCACACGGCUCCUUCGCCUCCUCCCACUGCCUGGGCUGUCGCAGGUUCUACCCCCUCGACUGGAUGAGAGAGCGCAUAGCCAGUGAACUCGUCCCAAAGUGCACCACCUGUUCCGCAGUCGUCAAACCAGACAUUGUGUUUUUUGGGGAGAGGCUGCCUGGUCGGUUUUUUGCCCUCACGCGCUCAGAUUUCAGCCAGUGCGACCUGCUGAUUAUUCUGGGUUCAUCCCUGGUAGUUGAGCCAUUCGCAUCUCUCCUGGACUUGGUUGGCAAGUCCGUCCCGCGGCUGCUCGUGAACCGGGAGAAGGCCGGGGAGCGACGGGGCGUGCAGAGGUGGUUCCGGGCGUCGGGCGGCCUCGACUUCGACUCCGGCACGAGGGACGUGUUCUGGCGGGGCGAGUGUGACGAGGGCUGCUACCAGCUGGCCGGCGAGCUGGGCUGGGAGGAGGAGCUGAGACUGCUCGUGGCAAGCGAGCGCAAGAAGCUGGACGAAGAGAUGUCUGGAAAGCAGCCAGCGCAGAACUCAUAGUCUGCCUCAAGCUGCAUUCAGCAUUCCAUUUGUUUGUGUCGAGCAAGAUGACACAUGAAAUUGUUCGUUUACAUAGUAUGUCAAAUGUUGACUUUUGGCUGUGUUUACAAAUGGUUGUAUUGCGGCACAGUUUAUGGAAGAAAAAGAACUUUUGGGCAAUCGUCUACUUUUGUGUCAAACAACAUGCUGAAUAAUUUCACCACAUUAGGGCAACAUAUCUAUUGAUGUAAAAGCAAAUAUGUAGUUGAUAGAACAUUUAGACUAUUUUGAGUACUUUUGUUUGUAGAUCUAUUGAAUUCUUUAAAGUUCCUUUUAUAUAUGCUGUCUAUGAAGAAAUAAUGUGAUUGAAGUACCUGAUUGAAACUACCGCAUGUUCUAAUACUGAAUUUUUGAAGUAAUUUAUGAUGCAGCAGAGAUUAUUGAAACGAGGUCUAGUGUUGAAGCAGUGAGUAAAUAGUAUAUAUAUUCCGUUUUGUUUGUUAACAUGUGUCAUAUUAUAGUGCUUUGUGCACAAGUUUUUCCAAAUAAAUUUUUUCUACGUUGA